UAAAAAUUUUCUGAAAUAUAAGAAAUACAAUUAGAAAGAUAUUGGAGAAAUAUUAUUAAGAAUGACGCAAUCUCAACAAAUAAUUGAAGAAUUAUAUGAUGCUUACACAAAAACCGCUGCUAAUAUCAUUGUUUAUUAUGAAGGUAAUGAAAUGGACGAGAAGUUAAAAGAACUAAAAUGUAUAGUAAACAACAAUAGUGUUCAAGAUAAAAAGUUAAGGUUAUUCAAGGAAAGGAAGAAUCAAUUAUUAAAUUUAAAUAAUGAUGAUGAUAAUGAUGACUAUCAUACGGAGCAGAGUAAUAAUGAAAACCGCUUGAAUGAAUAUAGACUAAUUCUCUCUGAGACUGAUAAUAACACAUCGAAAGAUGAUAAACUUAUAGAAUUUAAUAAACAUGUAGAAGCACUGUUAGAUGGAGUAGCACAAAAAGAAAAUGAUACAGAUGCAGAAAUACAGUUAAAAGGGGGCUAUGUUAAUGUAAUUGACCCAAUCUCUAAGAAGAGAAUUGUGGAUCCUGUGAAGAAUACUAUAUGUGGUCAUACUUAUGAUCAAGAAAGUAUUAUGCAGUUAUUGAAAAUUAAUAAGAAGACAAGAUGUCCCGUUAUAGGUUGCAAAAGUACAGAAUUUGUACAACUUUCGCAACUUCGUCCAGACAUUGUAACGAAAACAUAUCUAGAGAAGCAUCCAGAAUAAGGUUUUGUGAUAAAUGUAUUACAAACUAAAUAUUUAAAUGAUACAAUAUUUUGCAACAUGAUAAAUAUGAUCUAAGAUUUAAUGUUUACACAUCAUUAAAACAAAAAUAAAAACUGCACAUGAUGUUUCAUGUAUCUGAAUACAAUACGUGAUUUAAUGUGGCAUAUUUCGCAUUGCAAACAUAUUUUUGUGAUUAAAAACUCUGUAAGAAUAUUGGCUCAGGGCCAAAACAUUGUUAUGAGAACUUAUUUUAGGUAACAAAUAGCAAUUUAAAAAUGUAUCUUUUAGAGUGGUAUAGAUAUAGCGUAUUUUUUAUCAAAUAAAUUGAAUGUAUAAUUUAUGUUUAUUAAAAUUAUUAUGAAAAGAAAAAUAUUUUUAUAUAAAAGAUUAUAAAAUAAAUUUCUCAUAAAAUUUCUAUGUCUUUCAUAUUUUUAGAGAACAAUGUAUAGUAUACAUAGUGCCAAUAAAUUAUUGAAAACGAAACAACUUCAA